AUGAGCAGUUUGAGCGUGGUGGAGGCAAAGCUGCCGGCGGGGUUUAGGUUCCAUCCAAGAGAUGAUGAACUCAUAUGUGAUUAUUUGAUGAAAUGGGUGUCCACAGGAGGAGGAGGUGGAGGUGGUGGUGGUGGCAGCUCUGCUGCUGGACAUAGCCAGCUUCCUCUUCUGAUCGAAGUCGACCUCAACAAGUGUGAACCUUGGGACAUUUCCGAAGCAGCUUGUGUUGGAGGCAAGGAUUGGUACUUCUAUAGCCAACGUGACAGAAAAUAUGCAACUGGAUUACGAACAAAUCGAGCUACGGCUUCUGGAUAUUGGAAGGCCACUGGGAAGGACAGGGCAGUAUUUCGAAAGAGUACCCUAGUCGGGAUGAGAAAGACUUUGGUAUUCUACGAGGGUCGAGCACCCAAAGGAAGAAAGACUAGUUGGGUUAUGCACGAAUUUCGCCUCGAAGGACCCCUUGCCCCUCCAAAAUUAAUUUCUCCCAUCAUGGUAGAUUGGGUGUUAUGCAAAGUGUUCAACAAAAACAAAUCAGAAGUUUGUGCCAAACAAGAAUUGGGAAGCAUUAAUUAUGAAUUUGAUCAUAAUCAUAAGACAAAUUCUUGGACUCUUCCACCAUUAAUGGAACCCUACAUCUCCUUUGAUCAAAUUGAUGAGCAAGUGUCCUGCUUCUCCAUUUUAACCCCAAACCCUAUUUUCUCAAACCUCACCCACAUGGAUCAAGAUUUGUCCACAAAUAUCAUGCCAACUUUUCCAUAUCAACUUGGAGUGCAAAUUAAUUCAAACACUUCUUAUGACAAAAAAGUGGUGACCGAUGUUUUGAAGCGAGACACGGCGAACCCUAACACGAACGGGUCCCCGAGCAUCGGGGAAGGAAGUUCGGAGAGUUACAUGUCUGAAGUUGGAUGGCAACCCUGGCUUUUGUCUGAAAAUUGCAAACAGUUAAAUACAUUAGACUAUGGUAAAUAG